UGUCAAUGUUGAGGUAUCUAGGGUCAUACAGGAAUGGUGUGACUUAUAUGACGCCAAAUUUCCACCUCAGGUUGAUACCUGACCUUAAUUAGCCUACUGUGAUAUCGAGGUGCAGAGGUUACUUUGAUGACUGUAUAGAACAAGCUGAGUAUUGCUUGAGCAAUGUGUUAUAGGAAAAGAUAUAAGAACUGAGUGGAAGAUGCACAACCGCACACGUCAAUUCAUUGUGUAUGACCGAUUAAUCUGUGUCAGUCUUCACUAACUUGGACGAUAAUCGGUACCGAAAAUAUUCAGCCUCGUGAGUGAUAUUUCUAGGGCUCACUGACACCGCACUGACGCAACUCUAUUUGUAAGCUAAACACUGCGAAAUUCACGAAUGUCUUAACUCUGUAAAACUGUGAUAGAUAUUUUUACUCGUGUGCUGCGAGUUAAUAUUUAAGGACUUAUAACACUGAAGUUCAAGAGUGAAGUUAAUACGAAUGGUUACUCAAUAGCUAAAACAAACGUGAUAUUUAAAACUGACCAAAAUACUGUUUCGGUAUACAUCUUUGAAUGACUUUUGAAAUGAGUUAUUUCUAUAACGACAAUACUUUCACACACUACAUAUUUCGUUUAAUACAGGUUGUACUAACCGUACGCGAUAAGGACGAUUGGUUGAACAGCUUCUGGCAAGUUAUAAUGCCAAAAUCAGAUGACCCGAGUAAAAAGCAAUUUGAGGAGGCGAAAAGACUUGCAGGAGUCCCAAUUGAAUGGGAUAAGCUUCUUACUGAUUCACUAAAACUAGCAUUUCAGAAGGAAGAUAUUGAUUUUGAUGAUGAUGCAAUGUUACUUGAAUGUUACGAAAAACAUAUUGCAACUCUUCAAGAAAAUAUACCACCUACACGUCUUCUGGUACAUCGACUUGGAGAUGGUUGGGAACCAUUGUGUAGAUUCUUGAAUGUGGAUAUACCAGCUAACAUACCAUACCCUAAGAUGAAUCAACUGUCUGACAUGAUGAAGCUAAGGGAUUUGAUAACUAAAUUUGGAUCGAUUGAGGAAGUCGCAAGAAUGCAUCCAGGAAUUAUGUAAAAUUGAAGAAAACACAAAUUAUUAUUAUUAUCAGAUAAGAAAUAAAUUGUCAUCAAGCUUUGAAUUCUUACUUGUUGUUGACAGCCAUGGUAAUAUUGGUGAAACAUAUAGUCAGUAUAAUAAAC